CACAGUGGAGGCAGUCCAGCUCUAAUUCAGUGUUGCGCGCUGGGCACGAAAGCAGUUUCCUUAAAACUCAGCAGAUAGCCCCCGAACUAGGUUCUGUCUAUAAUGUGUGAUACGAUACAACCACCGAAUUUACGCGAGCGUGUUUGCCCUCCCUCUUUCCCGUUAUUGGGUGCCCAUUUAGUCACCAUGGGCCGCGUCAUCAGGUCGCAGCGUAAGGGUCGGGGUGGGAUCUUCAAGUCCCACAACACCCACCGCAAGGGUGCCGCCCAGCACCGCGUCAUGGACUCUGCUGAGCGGAACCACUACAUCAAGGGCGUUGUCGCCGAGGUCAUCCACGACCCCGGCCGUGGCGCUCCCCUGGCUCGGGUGACUUUCCGUGACCCGAUCCGCUACAAGCACCAGAAGGAGCUGUUCAUUGCCGCUGAGGGCAUCUACUCCGGCCAGUUCAUCUACUGCGGCCGGAAGGCGGCUCUGUCGAUUGGCAACGUGAAGCCCCUGGGUGACAUGCCCGAGGGUACCAUCGUGUGCAACGUGGAGGAGAAGGCCGGCGACCGCGGCGCCCUGGCCCGCUGCUCGGGCGACUACGCCAUCGUCGUGGCGCACAACCCCGACACCGGCAUCACCCGCAUCAAGCUGCCCUCGGGCGCCAAGAAGGUGGUGUCGAGCGCGUGCCGCGCCACCGUGGGCCAGGUCGCCGGCGGCGGCCGCACUGAGAAGCCCAUGCUGAAGGCCGGCCGCAGCUACUGGAAGUACAAGGCCAAGCGCAACAGCUGGCCUAAGGUGCGUGGUGUGGCCAUGAACCCCGUGGAGCACCCCCACGGUGGUGGUAACCACCAGCACAUUGGCCACGCCUCGACCGUCCGCCGGUCGGCGCCCCCCGGCCAGAAGGUCGGUCUCAUUGCCGCCCGCCGCACUGGUCGCCUCCGCGGCACCAACGUCAUCAAGGGCGCCGCCCAGAACGAGUAAGCGCUCGGUCGUCGUGGCACGGCUGGCCUUGGUGUCGGCGGAUGAGGAGGCAUGGACCGGGCGGGGGCGGCGCCGCCGCCACUGCCGCCGCGGUGGCGGCGGCUGCGGCGCUGCAGCGACGCGGCGCGGCCGUCUGGUGCGCUGGCGCGGCUGUCGCCGUUGCCCUCGUCUUCGUCGUCUCUGUCGGCCUGCGUGGGCCCGACCGCGCCGCACCCGGCCUGGGUGUGUGGCUGGGCGCGGCGGCGAGCGGAGCUCGAGUCGGGAGAGGGCAUUGUAAAAGCGGAAAAGU